UCUCUGAACAUUCGGUGCAUUGGGCAAUGAACGGUAUAAAAGAUCAGCGAUCGCACCCUCCUGUACGCUCCUCCUUCUCUCUCUUCUCUUUCUUUUUUUCUUUUCUUCUCUUCAUUCCCUUCCUCAUCCAUACAUAUCCUCCUUACAUCCCUAAUCCUUUUACCACUCUAUCUCUCUUCCUUCCCUCCAUCUUCAUAUCCUACAAUCAUGUCUGCUUCUGCUGAUAAGCGUGCUGGCUCCAAGAUGGCCAUCAUCGGUGCUGGCUCUGUCGGUUCUACGAUCGCGUUCGCCUGUCUCAUGCGCUCCGUGGUCUCUGAGCUGCUCAUCAACGACUUUGACAAGAAGGUCUGUGAGGGUCAGGCCCUGGAUCUUCAGGAUGCGGCGUUUGUCUCGUCGACGAACAUCCAUGUCGCCACCCCGAAGGAAUGCGGUCAGGCCGACAUCAUCGUCAUCACGGCCGGUGCGCGUCAGCGCCCAGGCGAGACCCGCGACGAGCUCGUGCACCGUAACGAAGAGAUCCUCACGAGCGUCCUGAACGGCCUCAAGCCCAUCAAGUCCUCUGCGAUCCUCAUCCUCGUCGCCAAUCCCGUGAAUAUCCUUACUUGCAUGGCGCAGAAGCUCUCGGGAUUGCCCUCGCACCAGGUCAUUGGAACGGGCACGUUUUUGGACUCGAUCCGUUACCGCGUGGCGAUAAAGAAUUUCCUCAAGGUUUCCGAGACCUCGGUGCAUGCGUACAUUGUGGGUGAUCACGGUGACAAACAGGUCGCGGUCUGGUCCUCGGCCACGGUUGGAGGAAAGCCGUUGCUGUCGUUUGAGGAAAUCCAGAAGCUCGACACUGAGAAGGAGGCUGAGAAGGUUGCGCGCAAGGCCUACAGCAUCAUCGACCUCAAGGGCGCUACGCACUUUGGUAUCGGUGCCGUCGUCUCUGAGCUAGCCCUCUGUAUCACCCUCAACAAACUGAAUGUCAUCCCCCUGUCGACCUACUGCGAGCGUUUCCAGGCUUGCCUCUCUUUCCCCGUCUCCCUGGGCACCAACGGCGUCGAGCGCAUUGUGUACCCAGAAAUGAACGAGAAGGAGCUGGCCAUGGUCGAGGCUAGUGCAAAGAGCACUCGCGAGGCCUGCAAAAACUACAUUUAAAGCAAGUGUCCCAUCCCUCCCAUCGUCCUUGUACAGUGGACUCUCCCUCUCUUGCUGUAACUGUAAUAUACUAACUAUUAAAUACUUGAAUGUAAAUAAAGAUUGUGAAGAAGCGAAGCAUA